CCACUCCGCUUGGCUUUUCAUUUAGUAAGAAGGAAACUAAACCAGGCUGGUAUAUAAGUGGGGUCAGAGGCAGGGAGAUCAGAAGACUUCUGGAACAGUCACAGAGACUACUUACUGUGACGGGGACCAAUUAAAGAUGGACCUGCGAGACUACCAGUGGGAAGUCAUUGGCCCAGCCCUGGAAGGCAAAAACACCAUAAUCUGGCUUCCAACAGGGACCGGUAAAACCAGGGCAGCGGUGUACGUGGCAAUGCGUCAUCUAGAGACAAAGCGUAAUGCCAAAGUUGCCAUGAUUGUGAACAAGGUACAUCUGGUCAAUCAGCACUACAGCAAGGAGUUUCAGCCAUAUCUCGAAGACAGGUUCAAAAUUAUUCCCAUAAGUGGAGAAUCAGAGACAAGGAGCUUUUUUGCUAAUUUUAUGAAGCAAUCUGACAUAGUUAUUUGCACUGCGCAAAUCCUGCACAAUGCACUCAAGAGUGACAGUGAAGAAAUGCAUGUGGAGUUGACAGAUUUUAGUCUAAUAAUCAUAGACGAGUGCCACCAUACCCAAAAAGAUGCCGUUUAUAACCUGCUGAUGGAGGUAUACCUUGAGAAAAAGUUCACUGGACACAGGAAUCUUCCACAAAUUUUGGGACUGACAGCUUCCCCGGGGACAGGUGGAGCUAGCACAUUUGAAAAUGCCGUAGACCACAUUUUAAAGAUUUGUGCAAAUCUUGACACAUGGAAGAUAAUGUCACCCCAGACUUCCAUCGAGGACCUUGAAGCCAAGGCUAAGCAGCCUGUUAAACAAUAUGACUUGGUCCCAGAAAGGGACGAGGAUCCUUUUGGAGAUAAGCUGAAGGAGCUCAUGGCCACCAUACAUGAGUAUCUUGGUGAAUUUGAAUUCACCAGAGAUUUUGGCACCCAAAUGUAUGAACAGAGAAUAGUUGAGAUGGAGAAAAAUGGGGCAGAGUCUGCCAACAGGAUGAAAAGAACUUGUGCAAUUCACCUCCGCAAAUACAAUGAUGCCCUCUUCCUCCAUGACACAGUAAGGAUGAAGGAUGCUUAUGACUUCCUGGAGGAAUUCUACAUAUUUGAGAAAUUUGUAAAAGAUUCCAGAGAUGAAACAGACAUCUUCCUCUACAGUUUAUUCAAUGACAACAGUAAUGAACUUUUAGAAUUGAGUAGAAACAUGAAAUAUGAAAACCCUAAGUUGAAGAGGCUGGAAGAGAUUCUGAAGGAACAUUUCCAGGACUCCUCCAAUUCCCAUGGGAUUAUUUUCACCCGCACACGACAAAAUACUCACUCUCUGCUUGGAUGGAUCAACAGCAAUGAUUCUCUUAAGAGUUUCAACAUCAAGGCUGAAGUCUUGACAGGAGCAGGUUUCAGCAAUCAAAGCAAACACAUGACACAGAAUGAGCAGAAGGAAGUAAUUGAAAAGUUUCGUCGAGGCCUCCUGAAUCUGCUUAUCUCAACCAGUGUUGCUGAGGAGGGAUUAGACAUCCCACAAUGCAACAUCGUUGUUCGGUAUGGUCUGAUGACCAAUGAGAUAUCCAUGAUGCAGGCCAGAGGCAGAGCCAGGGCUGAUGACAGCUGUUACUCUUUUUUGGCUAAAUCUGGAGGUAGAGAGAGUCGAAGAGAAAUGACCAAUGAGUGUUUGGAGGACCUGAUGAAACGAGCCAUAAAAUAUGUGCAAGAUAUGCCUGAAAGAGAAUAUGAGGAUAAGAUUAAAGAUCUGCAGAGGGACUCUCUCACUGAGCGUUUGGUAAAAAAAAAAAAAGAAGAGAGCAAAAAGAAGUUUUUGCCCUCGGAGGUCCGUUUGGAUUGUCGGAACUGCUCUGCUGCUGUUGCCUACGGGAAUGAUUUGCGUGUGGUAGAAGAGACUCACCAUGUGAAUAUUAACCCAACCUUUAAGGUGUACUAUGAAGAAUAUACAGGACCUGUUGUCCUUGGAAAAAAGAUGAUGGAUUGGGUUCCUGGAAGUGCAUACAGAUGCCGCUUUUGUAAGGCACAUUGGGGAUUGAUAAUGAUCUACAGAGGAUUGACAACUCUUCCCAUUAUAAGCAUCAAGAACUUUGUGAUAAAAACUCCUGAAAGCUACAAAACGUGCAAAAAAUGGAAAGAUGUGCCAUUCCCUUUGGAGAGAUUUAAUUACAAUGAGUACUUUGAAGAACACCAUUCAGAUACAGAGGAUGACUAAUCAUUUUAUUUCUGAAAUGGACAAUUUGCUGCUCAGAACACCCCGACACUGGAGAUGAAGACACUAAAAUAGGUUUUCCAUCAUUCCAACUUUAGAUUACAGUGCUCUUUCUAUGACCCUAAAGCUUUGAAGGCAUGAAUUUGGCAAUCGUGGUCCUUCAAUUUUUCCCUUCUAAAAUACUUCUUGGCUGAAAUGCUUUACUUGAAAAAUAAUGGCUGAAAAACAUGUGCAGUAUGUUGGUGUCCACUGAAUUGUCUUAACAUCGCAAUGUCUUAUCGUAAUAUUCAUGGGUUAUCAUCAAAUCUACUUGAAGAUUCUUGUAACUGAUAACCAAAAAGAACUGAAUGGAUUUUAUUCCGCAGGCAAGGGACCAAAGAAACAUGUCUGUGAAGAUUCUCAUUCAUGCAGGGCAUGGUUGUAUUUUGUCUUGAAGACAUUUCACUAGUUAUCCAAAUGGCUUUCUCAAUUAUAAUGACUUGUACAAGGAAUCUCCGGCAUUAAAUAAUGCUGAGUCACGCUUCAGGCAGCAUAAUCAGUUUAUCAUAAUCAACACAAGGUCCUCAAGGACCAAAAGAAGCCUCCAUUCAUGUACCAAUCUGGAAUGAAAUAUGGCAGACAAUGCUUGGUCUGAAGAAGGUCUCUUGCUCAAAAUGUAUUAGCUCUGGGCAUCUAAAAAAUAUUGAAUUUAUAACUGAACAUUGAAAGAUAAGAACCAUAGACAACCAUUGCAGGCGUUCACUUUUCCAGAAUUUUCUCCAGAACUAUCUAAUCCUGAUGUGUAUUGUGAGUAG